CUGCGUAGUUUGGGUAUCACGCCGGAGGUGCUGCUGGCGUCGUCUGGCCUGCUGGACCGAGGUACACUCUUGACCCUUCUUCAUACUUCUUCAGGUCAGCGAUUGUCUGCUGGGCCUCAGUACGACUACCCGGGUGACUACAUCACCAACCGCAUCAUCACCCCUACCAAGUACCGUGGCCCUCCUUCCCGAGAGUGUGGCACCCAGUGUGAUGACCCUCCACCUGACAGGAGCAGUCCACGACGUGAGUCCCGUAGGCGAGGUAGUAGGAGGAACACGGCGUCCCUGCCUCGUGACAGUGGCCACAGCAGCGACGCCCGCCCACCCUGGGGCCAUAACCACAGUGACAGACCCUACAGGAAGCAGUCAGAGAAGGAUCCGUACUCCAGCAGGAGGCUCAGGCGGCGGGCUGCCAGAUCACUGAGUCGGUGUGAGCGGGACACGGGCACCGAGGAGAGUGAUCAGCCACAACCCCAACGUCGACGCCGCAAGACCUGGGAUAAGUCCCGCCAGGAGUCUCUGUCAUCUGAUAUCUCAAGGUCACCAUCGCCCCGAGACAGAAGACGCAGCAGCCGGACCUCCGCCACCUCCAGGCAGUGGCCAACCAUCAAACCUUCCCUCACGCCGGCACUCCACUACCCUUACACGCCCGAACCUGCCCCCAAGCCACCACCCUCCCCUCCCUUACCCACCCACAAGAGCAUGCAGGGGGAGGAGGAACCAGACGACGAUGAUGACGACGUGCAGGUGGUGACCACGCCCACAGUGUACACCCCAGCCCCAGCACGAUCCUCCUCCCCACCUGUGCCCGCCCUCAUGCGGAAACUCACAGGUGAGUCAACUUUCGACGUGCCGGAGUUCGCCCCAGACACCAGUGUCCCGGCGCCUCGCACCAACAGCCCGCCCAUCCCCACCGUCCUUAAGCGCCUCCAGAGUGCUGACUCCACGCCCAUGCUUCCGGAGCUCCCCAACCCUCCCUCACGCCCUCUCUCAAGACCACCCUCUCCCAGGAGUCUAUCUGCAGCCAACUGUCUGGGCUCCGGCAGCCGUCCCGGCAGUCGUCCCGGCAGCUCAGGUUCUCAGCCGGCCCUACAAGGACGAAUAGUAGCAGAUUUGUCCUUGGAUGGUAGAAGCAGCAGCCAGCCUCCGUCACCCUGCUCCCGGCCACCCACACCUCGCCGCCUGCCGCCCAUGACACCUUCGAGGAGUGAGGAGCUGGUGACGUCACCUCGAUCCGCCUCAGAGUUACGCUCCACCUCCCCGCCUGUGCCGGCCCUGGCCAAGCGGCUGUCAGCUACCUCUAGGCCUGGCCAGCCGCCCCAGGCAACUUGUCUUGAGCGGCAGUUGACGCCUGUGGAGACACCAGAAUCACCCAGGGCACCAUCCGCCUCCUCUCCCACCGCCUCCCCGCCCUCUGCUGUCACCUCCGGUAUGUACCCCAAAGACGUGGGAGGGGAGCUGCAUUGUGGGUAGUGGGGAGCUGCACUGUGGGAGUAUGGAGCUGCACUGUGGGAAUGGGGAGCUCUACUAUGGGAGUCGGGAGCUGUACUGUGGGAGUGGGGAGCUGUACUGUGGGUGUGGGGAGCUCUACUGUGGGUGUGGGGAGCUGCACUGUAGGAUUGGGGAGCUGCACUGGAGGAUUGGGGAGCUGCACUGUAGGAUUGGGGAGCUGCACUGUAGGAUUGGGGAGCUGCACUGUAGGAUUGGGGAGCUGCACUGUAGCAGUGUGGAGCCUGGGAUGUCCUAUCGCAGUCCA